CAACAAACAACACGCCCGGGAAGACGACAGCAUACACUCCCAAUCCAAUGGCAGAACAACCAUCCAGUGCUGCUGCUGAGAGCACCAUUGCUUUGGUCGAAGGGCCUCGCGUUCAACGUCUGCGUCAAGUACUCGAUCGAUGUCUGACACAGACCGUCAAAACAUGCAGCUAUGAAAGAAUGGCCCAAUGCUUCCCAACACUGGCCAUGGAAGGCCCUGAGCAACUCCGGAGCGCACACGGCCAAGUAACAACUUUUCUGCGAUCACAAGUCGAGCGCGAGUUUGAGGAGAUCCUGAAGGAGCGAGGGACUGCUCAGAAGCUCAAUGACCUUGAUAAGUUCAUCGAGAAAGCAAAAGAGAGGAAAACCUCCGGUGACGCAGAGUCUGUACUACCCACAUCCCUACCACCUGACAACAUCCUCCGAGCACAUGUACUACCCGUCAAGAAACAAGAACUAGCCUUCCUCAAAGCCAAACUUGCAAGAAUACAAGCAUCGAAUGACAACCUAGCCACAGAAGUCGACAAGCAACAAACAGGGAUCACUGAAACGACCCAACGCAUGCGUAAAGCAUUUGAAGAACUCGAUCAAGCCGUACAGACAUCGCUUCAGAUUCCCGUCCAAGAGAUGCAGGCACAUAUGGAGGAGAUCGUGCAAGAGAAGAUCGAGGCGUGAUGUCGUGGAUGUCUUUUUGG